AUGAAAAAAUCAACUCAGACAAACACUGUAAUAUUUAUUGAGCGUGUACUCAGCAGUACUGUAAAUAGGUUGGGAGCCCCGGGACAGCCCGGGCCUGGGCGGGAGGCGAGAGGCCUGAGCGGCCCGCCGGGCGCUGGGACCCCGCACAGCCCUUCCCCAGGGCCGGGGCUGCUGCUCAGCCUCGGCUCCAGCACGGGGGGAGGAGAGCGGGUUUCUCCAGGUGGGGACGUCCCUUCGGCCUGUAGGCAGGGGAGCAAAGGGGUGGGAAGACUCCUCUUUUUCAUCUGUCUGUCCCAGGUGGCAAAGCUGGCAGCUCUUUCUUCUGGUCUGCCAUUUGCAUGUAUCACUGUGUAUGCAGCAACAGAAAAGGAAGCAAAAGGUCACCUGGUAAAGCCAAAUCAGCUCCCAAUUUACUGUCCACCCCCUCUGAAGUUGAAAUACAUUGAGGAGCAGCCUGGACACCUGCAGAAGCAGUUGUCUUCAGUCCGGCAGACAACCGGCCGCUACCUUGGCUGGUGCAGGGAUGCUUUUGUCUUUGUUAAAAAUGGAAUAAUGGAUUCCAUUCAAUUUGGGAAAGAUGCUUACAUUUACCUGAAGAAUCCACCACCAGAUUUUCUUCCCAAAGCUGGUGUCAUCACAAUAUCGGGCUUAGCUGGCAUAGUGCUGGCAAGAAAAGGUUCUAGAUUUAAGAAAAUUGCUUAUCCACUGGGACUUAGUACUUUAGGAAUUUCUGUUUGUUACCCAGCUCAAGCAGUGGUGUUUGCUAAGGUAAUGGGGAAAAAGUUCUCCUCUGCAAGCCAUCAGACGUACGGAGCUGUGCGGUCACUGUGGGCAAGGAGCGAGGGUGUCCCCAAGUUACAGCAAGAGACAAAAUCGGUUACGCAAGAAGAUAAGAAGAAAAAAGACAUUUCUAGUACAAAACCUGAGUCUGCUAUUGAAUCAAGACCAUUUAACAGAACAGCAUCUUCUCCAGUAGAGUCUUGGAGUAAUAAAGAUCCAGUGCCUUCAUCAGGAACAGUGAAGACAACAAAAUUUAAACCUGAUCCAAAACUUAUGGACCACGGUCAGUCCAGCCCAGAAGAUGUGGAUAUGUACAGUACUAGAAGCUGAGACAAAUCUGCUCACAAAUCUCUGCAGAGAGUUGCAGAUAAGGGGGAGGGAAGAAGGGAAGGAAUAAUCCUUGCAAUACAUACACUGUGAGGUAUAAUUUAAU